ACUUCUUUAAUUUUAUUGGUGGUACAGUAUUUAUUAGGUAUAGUUUCCAAACCUCAUUCCAUUCAAUCUGAUGAUAUAACAAAUUCCAAAAAUGUUUACAUUUAGGCAAUAAUGUACCCCUACAUAAUUUCUUCAUAUAAAAGUUAUUCAAUUUAUUACCUAUAAUUUUCACAGCAUUAAUACUUAACUGCUUAGUAUAUAAGGGGACAGACUCUAAAUGUAUAUAGCCAGAUAAAAGUUAAAUAAUGCCACUAGGAAUGGCAUCAAAUACCACUGAAAACUCUUUAGCAGUUAUAGGGAUCUUACAAUAAUUAAGGAAAUCACAGUAAUUUAAAAAAUGUCCAUUACUGUCUCAUCAAGAUUAUACCGUUAUUAUACAAGUUUCUCUAAAAAAAAGACAUUUGUUGUUCCAUAUCACUGAAUUAAGUUGUGCUUAAAGAUGAGCAUCCAUAAUAAACAAACCUGUUCAUGAAAAGAAGAAAGUUUUAUCGGAACCUCGUUAAUAUCAAAAUCACACCUCAAAUUUUUUUUUAUAUGCAACUUGCCAAAUAUAAUCGAAGUCCGUCGUAGCGCCUGAUCACGUGCGCCGUGACGUCACUGGCGAGCGUGUCCCCGCCCCCUUCAAGCCCGUGUUUUGACAUCCUCGCAUCAGCAGCACUCCGCGCAUCUCUUCAUGCGCGCUCUGGGCACGGAGGUGGAGGCGGAGGCGGGGGUCUCUCUCUCUCUCUCUCGGUUCAGCCAUUUAAAUAUCAAGCCGUGCGACCGGUCAGGGGUACUGACACCAAGACGCCCCGCUCGGAUCGGAUCGUUUCUCGGCUUUUUCAAGAGGAGCGUCGCACCGGGAUGUCGAGCCUCCUGGAGAACCCUCUGCAGGCGGUGCUCUACCUGAAGGAGCUCACCGCCAUCGUGCAGAACCAGCAGAGUCUGAUCCAGACCCAGCGAUACCGGAUAGACAUACUCGAGCGCCGGCUGGAGGAUCUAGCGGUUGAGAAUCGGCAGCUCCGGGACUCCAGCAGCCAUCACCGGCAUCCUCCCCGCUAUCAUCCGCCUCCGCCCCCCCGGACCUCCAGCCUGCCCCGAGCCAGCAGAGCCGGGACGCCCCCGGUCCAAGCCCAGCAACAGCAGCAGCAGCAGCAGCAGCAUCACUCCCCCCUGGACAUGCAGCUCGUUCCUGCGGGACCCAGCAACGCCAGUCCGGACUCCGCUGAUGAAGAUGAUAACGAUGCUCAGGACCCCUGCUGUCGGUCCCUGGUCCCACAGACACCUGCCACCUUGUGCCGAGCUGUGGGACUCCCACGGGCGACUGAGAGCCAGACCGUCCUGCACCAGUUCUGCUGUCCCGCACCAGAGGCCCCAGAGGGAGACUCCCUAAGCUGCUCUAGCUCGAUUCCUGCUGCAGGAGAAGAACAGAAAGAUGAGAAAAAAGACGCUCAGCAUGACGCGCCGCCCUGCUCACAUCCUCCAGAAUAUGAGCUCUCUCCCGAUCUCAAACAAAAACAGAUCGAGGAACUGGAGCAGAAGUACGGCGGUCCUCUGAUUUCCCGGCGAGCGGCCUGUAAGAUCCAGACGGCGUUUCGUCAGUACCAGCUCAGUAAGAACUUCCAGAAGAUCCGGAACUCUGUUCUGGAGAGUGGCAUCCCACGGCGCAUGUCUGUGCGCAGGGUCCGGGUUCAGAGGGACGGGUUCUCUGCUGAACGGGCGCUGAUGGAGGGAUGUUCACUCAUGGGCAUCCCCCUCACACACUCCACCUCACUGCCUGUGAGCACUACGACCACACUCACACACCUGGAGGACACCUUCAGCGAACAGGUACAGGUUCAGUCAUUAGCGCGGUCUAUUGACGAGGCUCUGAGCAGCUGGAGUUCUGUUCGAGACGGUGACGGAGAGAAGUCCACUGUGGCCCCUCCUUCUGGAUCCCAUUCCGAGGGGCUCUUGAUGGACCACGGUGCCCUACAGGAUGCCACGCAGAGCGGCUGUGGGGAGGGCAUACCCCGCAGCGCCAGUAAACUCAUGAUGGCUUUCAGGGACGUGACUGUUCAAAUUGACAACCACAACUUUCGCCUCUCCUCCUCAAUGCUGGAGUCAGUUUCUCUUGGUAACGGCGUAGCCAAGGAGACCAGCUCAGAACCCCAAACGGGAGGACAGAAAGCAGGCCAGUCGGCAUCGUCGGUCACGGCAGAGCCUGAGUUUCCAGCUCCACCCCCCAGUGAGGAGGAGAAAGAGAACCAACAGCCAACCGGAACGGACGAACUGACAGCAGGGGCGGGACUGGAGGGGAAACAGACCAAUCAGAUUGCUCCUGAGACGGCAGAAAACAGCUCGGAGCCCAUCAGUAGCAGCAGCACCUCGACAUCAGCAUGUGAGACGAUGAUUCUGUCUCUGCCCCGCCCACACUGUCAGGACACGCCCUGUGGCACGCUGUCUACAGAUAUUGCACGCAAACGCCUUUACCGCAUUGGACUCAACCUCUUCAAUGUCAACCCAGACAAAGGCAUCCAGUUCCUGAUAUCCAGGGGCUUUAUUCCUGACACAGCUAUCGGUGUGGCUCACUUCCUGUUGCAAAGGAAGGGCUUGAGUCGACAGAUGAUUGGCGAGUUCCUGGGGAACAGCAAGAGGCAGUUCAACAGAGACGUGUUGGACUGUGUGGUGGAUGAGAUGGAUUUCUCCAUGCUGGAGCUGGAUGAAGCCUUGAGGAAGUUUCAGGCUCAUGUGCGAGUGCAGGGAGAAGCCCAAAAAGUCGAGAGACUCAUUGAAGCAUUCAGUCAGAGGUACUGUAUGUGUAACCCUGAUGUGGUGCAGCAGUUUCAUAACCCCGACACCAUCUUCAUCCUGGCCUUCGCUAUCGUUCUGCUGAACACAGACAUGUACAGUCCCAACAUCAAACCAGAGCGCAAGAUGCUUCUGGAAGACUUCAUACGCAACCUACGAGGAGUGGACGAUGGUGCAGAUAUUCCACGGGAGAUGCUUGCCGGGAUUUACGAGCGGAUUCAGCUGAGGGAGCUGCGCUCCAACGAGGAUCACGUGACUUACGUUACCAGAGUGGAGCAAAGCAUUCUCGGAAUGAAGACGAUCCUGUCGGUUCCUCACCGUAGGCUGGUGUGCUGCAGUCGACUCUACGAGGUCACUGAUGUGAAUAAACCACAGAAACAGGCCUCACAUCAGAGGGAGGUGUUCCUCUUCAAUGACCUGAUAGUGAUCCUCAAACUAUGCCCUAAGAAGAAGAGUGCUGCCACGUACACGUUCUGCAAGGCCAUGGGCUUACUGGGAAUGCAGUUUCAUCUCUUUGAGAAUGAGUAUUACCCUCACGGAAUCACGAUAUUGUCUCCGUUCUCAUCGGAGAAGAAGCAGGUGGUGAGUUUCUGUUCUCAGAGCGCCGAGGAGCUGCUCAAGUUUGUAGAGGACCUGAGAGAGAGCAUCGCAGAGGUGGCAGAGAUGGAGCAAAUACGGAUCGAGUGGGAACUGGAAAGACAACAGGUUGUGAGAAAUCAAACUAACAAGAACGGCACACAACUAGACAUCCACGCUGGACCCAGUUCUGCUUCAGGGGAUGAUUUUUAUGAGAAAACGGGAAGCAAUACGGUAGAGGUGUCAAUUCACAACAGGCUCCAAACGUACCAACUCAGCUCUCCUCUGGCCCCACCCAGCGCUCAGCAACACCUGGCCGUCCUGCCUAGCCCCGCCCCCGGCUCCGCCCUCACCAUCUCCCCCGACACCCUGAUCCAGUGCCAGCAGAUCGUCAAGGUGAUCGUCGUGGACUCUGCUGGGCGUGGCCACGUGGAGGCGUUCCUCAGCCACAACCCCGCCCAUCGCCUCAUCCAGUCGGCCGUCUCCACGCCCACCAGGUCACGGGAGGCAGGCAAUCAGCAGCAGCAGCCACCCCUCCCUCCCCCGCCGCCUCCUUAUCAUCACCCGCAUCAGUUCUGCCCCCCGACCCCUCCGCCUCCACGCCACCUGCUGAGCCAGCGCAGGUACUCCAGCGGGACGCGCAGCCUAGUCUGAACACACACAGAUCAGUUUACAGCUCUUAAAGAGACGCUUCGCCUAAAAAGAACAUUCUGUCUUUAUUUAAUCAGCUUCAUGUUACUCCAAACCCAUUUGUGACCCGGGAACACAAAACCAGUCAUAAGGGGGCAAUGCUUUGAAAUUAAGAUUUAAACAUCAUCCGAAAUCUAAAUAAAAAGGCUUCCAUUGAUGCAACAUUUGACAACCUUUAAAAGGUGUCCAAACUUUAAUGAAAAAUUAAGUUUUGAUAUAUUAAUGGUAGGACACUUACAAAAUACCUUCAGGGAACAUGAUCUAUAUACCAUAUAUCUUAAUGAUUUUUUGGCAUAAAAGAAAAAAAAUAUAAUUUUGACCCAUACAUACAUACAUUUACUUAUGACUACUUAUGACUGGUCAUGAAUACAUUUUUUUCAGAACAAAACAUUUUGAAUAAUUUCCACACAGAUUUUUUCAAUACAAAGACCAUUUAUAGUUAAAAAUACACUAUAAAAAGCACAAUUAAAUGCAGUCUGUACAAUUCACGGGCUCUGAAGUCCUCCGAAGCCAUAUGUAAUUUAUGUCCAUAAAAUGUAUGUUUAGUGGAAUACUAAAAUUACUUAUAUUUAGAUUCAUUCAUUAUUUUUAAAGAAAUGAGAUGAAAAACCCUGCCUAGUGCAUUAAGACCAAAUAUACUUGUCUAAGUCCUAACUUAAUAUUUUAUUCAGUUCAAGUAAAUUUAUUUGUUUUCAUUAUAAGAUGUUUUAUCUGUAAAGUAAAUAAAAAAAUAAUUAAUAUCAGGAUAUUUAUUAAGUGUUAUUUGGCCAAUGUUAUAUUGUAUACGCUAUUAUAAUGUUUAUUCAUAUUUUACAUUUUUAGUUUAGGUUUUAUUCAUUUCGUUACGUGCUUUUGUCAUUUUUUAAUAUCCUAUUUAUCUUAAAUAUUAGUUUUAGUAAUAUUAGCACUUUAAGUCUGUCUAGCUAAACUCUAUUUCACUAUCCAAUAUUCGCAUUUUAUGUUUUAACCUGAUUUAAUUCAUUAAAGAUUUUUCAUAGGUUUAUCAACGUGUAUCAACAUUCCUCAAACAUUUGUUUUUGUUCUGUGAGAAAAAAAAAUGACCGCGUUCGGAUGUAAAGCAACAUGAAGUCGAAUAAACCAUGACAGAAUUUUCAUAUUUACGUGAACUACUGCUUUAAAACUUAACUGUCAUGUACACUCUUUCCGAAGACACAAAAAUAGCACAAGCAGCCCAAUCUGAACUGUCAGGCUCACGUUGCUCAAAAGAAGCUACACUUAGAGUUGUUAGGUCCUCAUGGCCUUAAAGUGUGUAUUUAAAGUGAGUAGAUGUAUAGUAUUUUUUUAAGAGGGAUCUUUUCUCGUGUGCUCACCAUGUCCCCCGUAUUCAAAUGAAAUGUUUAUAUAUUUUGAUUUCUCCUUAAACACCCAUGUCGUGCGUUGCCCCGAACUGACCUAACAGUAGAUGGACGUAGUGUAGAGGGAGUGCCGUGAAGAUGAAGUUGUUUCUACACACCACCAUAAAAUAACGUUUGAAAUUAUAUAAAUGUUCACCUCGUGUUUUGUACGGAAAUAGAAAACCACCACCCUCUUUCAAAGGUCUUACCUGUUAAAGCCUGAAAACGUAAUCCAAUUCCAGUAUCUGGAUAUAAAUCGCUCCUCGCAGCGAUUCUGAAAAAACAAAUGCAAAAAGUGAAAUAACUAGGUUAGAAAAGAGAACACCUCCUCGAGUUGGUUUAGAUGCAGCAAAAAACAAUUCGCACCCAUAAGUCAUUGCGGUACGCAUUCCCGAACUAAACAAAAGCAACCGACUGUAUCGGGAGGCGGAUCAUGUGACAUCUACCGCACAUUUGCAUAAAUUAAGCUCAACUUUGCUCUUUAUUCAAAUUGCCAACUCCCACUGAAAAUGAACGACUUUGUUGCUGCAAAUCAAACCGCGCUUUAGGGAAUUAUUCCAGCUCUGCUGUGGAUGUCCUCAACCAACGGUUUCGGGGAAGAAAUUUAGGUCAGGACGUGGCCACUAAAGAAUUUCUAACUUCCGAGAUAAAAGCUGCAGAUUUUGUCUGUAUUUGGCAUCAUCUGCUUACUUUCUUAUCCUGUCAAGAGCCCAAGUGUCAGCUGCUGAGAAAUUUAGGACGCUGCCAUCCUGUGUGGAGGAAGCGCUUGAUCUUGAGAGCCGUGCACCUUAUACCUAAUGAGGAUGUUGACUGAGCUCCAUAAACCCUUUAAAACGUUUGGAUACCCGGCUCCUGACUUGUGCCUUCUCAUAAAAGUAUCCUAAUGUCCUUCAAAAGCACAUUUUGGCCCAAUGUGAACUGCUAAUCUAACCCAUUUUCAUAUAGUACUUACUAGAAAUUUCUACACUUACGUUAUCGUCCACAAAUUCUGAUCGGUUAAACCUAACCGGUGUUUUCACCAACAAAAUGUUUAUAUAAUAACUUUUGUUUACAACAGUGACAAACAUUUUCUUGCAUCCCGCUUGCAAGUGUUAAAUUGUUUUCAUUCAGAUAGUCAGAAAUAUUUCAUAUGAUACAUUCACGCUUAAUAAGUCAAUAUUUGUGAAUGAGUAGAAAAUAAAUGAAUAGUUCACCCAAAAACAUUGCCAAAUUAUGAGGACAUCCAAAGAUGUAUCCAAAAAGGUUUUUUUUAAUCAUCAGAACGGAUACAGAGAAAUUUAGCAUUGCUGUACAUCACUUGCUCGCCAGUGAAUGGGUGCCGUCAGAACGAGAGUCCAAACAGCUGAUAAACACAGUAAUCCACAAGUAACCCACAUCAUUCCAGUCUUAUCACUUAACAUCAAGGCUGUGUGUUUGUAUGAAACAAACCCAUCAUUUAAUCUAUAAUGUUGAUUUCGCCGAAGAAAAGGUUCAGGUCUGAAUCAGAGAAACACGCAGAGAUCGGGCUGCGUAGGUGGAUUUUGAUGUUAGACUUGUAACUUGUAUUUUGGCCAAAGGUUUAAAGUCAAAAAGGCUUAAAAUCGAAAAAAGAUUCAAAUCUAAAGUCUUCUCCAAAUCUGUUCUGAUGAAGAAAAACUCAUCAGACGGAUCUGAGGAUGAGUACAUUUUUAGCAGACGUCUUUCCUUCAAAGUUUUAAUGCAAUUAAAGUGUUUGCACAUUCUCACUUUGCUAACUUUAUACAGCAUUUUGAAAGAGGGUGGUGGCGAGAUUUAGUUUACCAACUAGAGCCAGGGGUCGGCUUUAACCCGGCUUAUCGUCCCUGAAUCAAUCUUUUUAUCGUGUCCGGUCCUAUAGAGCGACUCUGUAGCGUGUUACUGUGAUCAAGCCUGGUGCUCAGGUAGCUUCAUGUGAAAACCAGGUGCAUAUCAAACCUCUGAGAAAAUAUCAAAUGUUGUAUACUACAAGGCUAUGACUGAUAAAUUGUAUAUUUUAAAAAAAAAAAAAGAUAUCGCUUAAAAUGUUUAUUAAACUAUUACGUUAAACUCUUUGGGGGAGAGAAAAAAAAAACAAGCUUUUGUGUUUUAAAAUGAUCUGGUGGAUUACGUUUGUGUUUGCCAAUUCAUGUUUUCUGUACUGCAUGUCAUAAGAGAUUCAUGUUUAUGUGCAGAUAUCUAUCAAGAGCUUUUAUCAGGAGUAUAUCUAAGAUGUACGACACUAAUAUUUACGUUUCAGUUUCCUUCGUUUGGUUUCGGAUCACAAAACUAGUUUUUAUUUGCGAGUAUCUACAUAUCUGUUUUUUCAAGGCAUUAUUGGAAAUGAUGUCAUUCUGUGCAUAGACACGGAAAUUACAGAAAAGCAGCAAAAAAAUGUAUUUAUAAAUCUAUUUAUUCAUACAGAGUAGGAGAAUGAAAAGCUUUAUUGUAUAGUUUGCACAGCUGUUUAUUCACUACGUUCUUUUCUUUGUGCGCACCUGCUCUGACGUGUCGGUGGGGCCGUUCAGUUCACGUACGCUCCUCUAACGAACACCGCGUCGAGCCAGAAGCCGUUCAUUUGCUAGAUUAAAUUAGUACGUAGCGGCGUAUUUGUUUGCAAGAACAUAGCGACGCAUUUAAUCCCAGCAAGGGGCCGUAUUCUGACUGUGAAGUUGUGAAACUGCACUGCAUUUUUGCUAAAAAUGCGCCAUGAACUCCAUCCUCGAGCUUCUCGACUUCGACUCCCAGAAGUUUAUUUCAAAAAACAGAAGAUAAAAGUAUCUACCUGAAAAGGAAAUGCUGAAUUUCAUGUAUAAUUUCGCAAAAUAUGGCCUUGUGAUGGUCAAAGAAGUGGUCCCGUCUAAAAGGUUUUUACGAUCUAUAUUUGUAUUGAGCACUAUUAUGAAGUUUUAUAUAGUGUAAAGACACUUGAUACAUUCACAUUCAUAUCCUGUAUAUGCAAUGUCACUUAAUCAUAUCUCAACAAUCAUUAAACGUGCGGAAAAUAGAAUA